AUGUCUGCUAUCAUUAAUAAUAUUGCCAAUAAAACUGUUUAUUGGAGUAAAGUUGGUUUAGAAGUUGCCAAAAUUGUUUACAAAAAGGAAUUCCAACCUCCAACCACUGAACAAUUCAAAACCGUCUACAACAGUGCUUUCAAAUUUAUUCAAACCCCAACCUUACAAAAACAAUUCAUUAAAGAUGUUGCUCAAAUUCAACCAACUAAAGAAAAUGCUUUCAAAUAUGGUUUCUACGGUAUUCAAUUAUUAGCUUUCUUUUCAAUUGGUGAAGCUAUAGGUAGAAGAAAUUUAACUGGAUACCCAACUCCAGAAGGUGAACAUCAUUAA